AUGGCUGCCGCCGGCGAGGACUCCUCCACUCCUGAACCAUCUGGCGAGUCCAGCCAAAGACGCUCGACUCGUGUCAGAAAACCUCCAACAACAUACUCCCCACCUCCCACCACACAACGAAAGCGAAAAAGAGAUAGUCGCGUAGGCGCUGGGAAUAACGCGUCAGACGACGAGGAAGCUGCUGGUAGCGACGAAAAUGAUGAAGAGCAAUCCGAUGCGACUGACGCCACCGACCAGGAAGAAGCCUCUGAAAACGAAUCAAUCCAUGUUGCCCCUUCUUCUAGAAAGAAAACAACAAGCCGAAGCAAAGUUGCUCCUCCUAGCAGGACCCGACCAGCUAGUACACCGGCUAAAAAGCCAGCUCCAAAGAAGUCAAGGACCGAUGCUGGGCCCCCUGUUAAGGGCAGAGCUACCCCGCGAAAGAAGUCUGGAGCUGCAAAUGGCGUUGUCGAGCUGGAUGGAGACGAUCUAUUUAACCGAGUUCUUGCUGGCGAGGACGCUUCGAAGAUCGUUCAAGAUUGGGUCGAUUUCUAUGAGUUCAAUAACACGGAGGCGAUGGUCGCAAUGGUCAACUUCAUCUUCCGAAGUUGCGGUUGCAACCAGUCUGUAACAAGCGAUGAUAUAGAAGACGCUGACUCUGCAGCAAGCAAACUCGAAGACAUUCAAGAAAUUUUCCAGAAGGAAUCAUCGGUAGAGUAUCCGAUAGCAUCGAGAGCUCAGAAAUACCGUCGUUACCGAUUCUGCCUUACUGCAUUUUUCUACGAACUCAUAAAUCACAUUUCCACGUCGGGUGUUCUUACCAGCGACCCAGCACUUAUCGAAAAUCUUCAAAUUUGGAUCACUACUAUGUCUAGCUCCCCUCUACGACCUUUCCGACACACCAGCACAGCUAUCAAUCUUUCUAUCAUGACGGCCCUAUGCGGCACAAUGGCGGAUAUCGAAAAGUCUAUCAACAAUAGCACAAAACAACUUGAAUCCGAAAAAUCCAAAGCUAGAAAAAAUGCAGGCAGGAUCAAGUCCCUUGAAAGCACCAUAAAUGAAGCACAGGAAAACCAAGAAUUCGUUACGGACCAGAUCAGCGACAUAUACGAGUCGGUCUUCGUCCACAGAUACCGGGAUGUUGACGGGAAAAUUCGUGCAGAAUGUAUCCAUGAACUUGGUGUUUGGAUCCUCAAGUUGCCGAGCACCUUUUUCGAGUCGUCGUACCUUCGUUACUUUGGUUGGGUACUCUCGGAUACUACUGUCGGGGUCCGUUCUGAGGUCAUUAAGGCCCUGACAAAACUAUUCAAGGAUCGCGCCAAUGUUGGAGGGUUACGAAGUUUCACGGAACGUUUCAGAGAACGAUUAGUUGAAAUGGCUCUUCAAGAUGCAGACUCCGGCGUCCGAGCUGAAACAAUAUUGUUACUCAACGAAGUCCGACAAGUUGGAUUUUUAGAAGCUGAUGAUAUUGUUAACAUCGGGAAACUUCUUUAUGAUGCAGAUGCCAAAGUCCGAAAUGCUGUUGCUGAUUUCUUCGCAACUAGUGUGCAGGAAAGCUACGACGAACAGAUUGAGGAUUGCGGUGGCGAGGAUGCAGUCAAGGAUGCCCUCCAAACGGCGGGCGAUCUUGAUGACGAGGAUUUUGAAGGCCAUCAACUAAGUUGGAUUAAGUUCAAGAGCCUUGUUAACUCUCUAUCUACAUAUGACCCCGAUGACUCGGCCGAUAGCCAGGCUCGGGAAACUAAUACGAGAGGAGUGGCUGCUCUUGGCCUUCAAUCUCGAUUCCAGCUUGCUGGCUCGGCUUUAUACAAGGCAAUACCGGAGCUACAUGACUGGGAAGACCUCACCAAAUACCUUUUAUACGAUCAUACUGGGAACCAGAAGAAUAACUCAGACGACGAGACCCUGUCUUGGAUCAAAGGCUACUGCGCUCUGAAAACCAAAGAAGAAACCAUCCUUCUCCAUGUCCUCCACGCCUCUAUUACAUCCGCUCUUGCCGCUGCUGCAGACGCUACCACUGUCACUACUAAAACGAAGCGAAAGCAAUCGGAGGCGCCAGAUGAAGAAGAUAUCUCACGAAGCCUAGCCCAUUAUGUUCCACUGCUCCUUAACAAGUUUGGGCCACCACCAGAGACCGCCGCCACUGUCCUUCGAAUUGCGCAACUCAUGAAACUCGAUAUUUACCAGGAACUUCGACAGAUGAGCGCAUAUUCACUUCUAUUAGAUGAUGUUAUUCGCCAGUUCAUGACUCAUUUGGACGAAUCCGUUCUCAAGGAAGCUAGCGGGUUCCUUUUACGUGCGGCAUCAUUUGACGAGCUAGAGGAAGUUACUUCACAGAAGGUUACAGGACUCCAGGAUGAAGUUACGAACUACCUUGUUUCCUUGGCUUCUGGGAAGAAUCUUGAGAAGGGUGAUAUUGGCGACCAAACGCUCUCAGACCUCGAAACUGGUGUGAAGAGAUUACAAUAUCUUGCUAGUGUGACAAAUUGCAAAGAGUCUUUUGAAAAGGUUUCAGCCUCGCAGUCUAAGGGUAAAAGCAAGAAAGGCAAGGAAGUCGCUAAAGACUCUCCCGGGGCAGAGUCCCCCGCGGAUGUCCUUACCUCCAUUCUCGGGCGAGGCAAAAAUGCUGACGAGACCGAAAACGAUCUUUGGUUAUCGUCACUCAAAACUCUCACCUACUACUUUAUGUGGAGUGUCGAAUCAGUCACAAAACUCGAUCUUUCCUCCGAUGAAAGAAUCGACGAACAUCUCCCACAACUUGAAUCCCUACGGACAACAGAGGCUGCAAUCACUGCUCGCCUAGAAGAUAUCAUCAACGUUCGCGACCUUGAUGAAGUCCGCAUCGCAGCAGCCGGCGCUCUACUCGACUUCCACACUUUCAAUGCUGUUCUUUCUGCCACUACUAAGCUCUCAAUGUUCCCCCGCAAGGUCCCCGAGGAUAUUCAGGAAGAUAUUCUCAAAGUCUACAUUUCAGCUGAAAAGAAAUUCGCAAAACUUACGAACAAGACGGUGGCUUCUGGUAGUGACGAUGAAGGAGAAGAAUCGGAAGAGAACACCGAUCUGGAGGCUGCAUUAUUGUUUGAGCAGCGGCUAUGCGAGUUUGUGGGGAAGAUUACGCUUGCCGUUCUCGGCGAAGUUAUUGAUGGAAGUAUAUUCAAGGCUAGGUUGCUAAAGAACAAAUCACAGCUUGGUCAGAACCUACGCGAGAUUUUGAACCACCUGGAUCCACCGAAGCCAAGGCCUUCAAGGGCAAAACCAAAGGCUAAGCCUGUUGUUACCACUACCUCCGGAAAACCAUUUAAGAGUAAGGAAACGAUUGAAGAUAGUGAUGAAGAACAUAACGAAGAAGAAGCCCGCGAGGAAGAAAUACGUCGACAUGAGGAGAUGGAGCGUGAAGAGGAAGAAGAGCACCAGAAGAGGCAGGAAAGUGUCGUUGAAGAUGAAGACCAGGAGAUGGUGGAUGCCGAUUAA